AAUUCUAACAGUUGUUGAUAAAUUGCGUAUUUUGAAUGUUGGUAUCUGGUGAAAUACACCACCACACUGGGAACAUUCGUUACAGUAUGUUUUCUCCGUCCAAUCACGCAGUUGAGCACUCAAACGAACUGAGCAACGAAAAUUCCAUUUUAGUCGAUAACGAUAUGUCGGAUUCAAAAUCAUACAGCUCAUUUCGAUCAGCAUUUCCACCAACUAAUGAAACUCAAGAUGAAAACCACGCAUUUUCUCCUGGUGUUAUUGACAAUUCAUUCAGUUUUUCGGAAAAAACCAUUCGUAUGGCAUUCAUAAGAAAGGUGUAUGCAAUCCUGAUGGUGCAACUAGCCGUCACGAUGGGAUGCAUUGCCGUGUUUGUAUUUGUGCAACCCAUCGCCCUUUAUUCGAAGGGCCAUCCGCAAUUGAUGAUAGGCGCUUUGGUUAUGUCCAUCGUCCUGCUGAUCCCCUUGAUAUGCUGCAUUGAUUUUAGACGACGAUGGCCUUUGAAUAUUAUUAUGCUUGGAACAUUCACAUUAUGCGAAGGCUUUUUACUCGGCUCUCUAUCAUCACAUUACGACAGCAAGGAAGUGCUCGUAGCUGCGGGUAUUUGCACAGCUGUUUGUCUUGCUCUGACACUCUUCUCCAUGCAAACUAAAUGGGAUUUCACGGCGAUGGGAGGAAUCCUGUUGGCGUUAGUCGUUGUCUUGUUGAUGGCCGGCAUUGUUGCCAUCUGCGUGCGCGGCAAAAUCAUGCAAAUAAUUUACGCUUCCUUAGGAGCGCUGGUUUUCAGUGCUUAUCUAGUCUUCGAUACUCAGCUGAUGCUCGGUGGCAAACACAAAUACUCGAUCUCUCCCGAGGAGUACAUCUUCGCUGCAUUAAAUCUUUACUUGGAUAUUGUUAACAUUUUCAUCUACGUUUUGGCUUUAGUUGGCGGUUCUAAAUGAUUUGAAUACUUUCGCAACUCUCGUAUCGGCCCAUCGUACCCUUUUGAAACUUGUGUGUAUACAUAUGUACGAUAAUGAAACGCUUAAACUAAAUGUUCCCUUCUCCACUAAUGAUUCUGACCUCUCCCACGUUUUUUUACCUUUACAUAGGGAUGUUCUGAGUUUGCAAGAAAUAAAAAACUUUACAAGAGGAAAGGCAAGAAAGUUUGAAAAACAAAAGAGGAUCAGACGUGCAGUAGAUUCAUGUCUUACACAGUUUUGUUUGGUUUCUUUUUGACCUCGUAUAAAAUAAAUCAAAGUUCGUUUGUUCUAACAGUGAGCGAGUUUGGCCAAUGCCUCAAUGUAAUCAAUAAACUUUGGUUCUGU